CUUUUUUGACUCAUCUUUACCCUUUUCGGCUUAAACAAGUAUUUAUAUAUGGUUUGAUUUUAAGAAAGCUAUAAAUCUGUGCGCUUAAUUAUGAACUUUGGUCUUCACAGUUUACCGAGCAAUGCAACAUAAGGUAGCUGUUCAAUGAAGUAUCACUAUAUUGGAUAUAUUGUCCGUUAACAACAUUUUAUUGUUAACUCUGUCUUUUGAUGGGCUGCUUUCACUCAAAAAUCUGCCGACACAGUACCCCUGGUUACGAGGAGCCAACACUGCUCGCUGCUGAGACAUUUUUUACGGUGAGUGAAGUUGAAGCAUUAUAUGAGCUAUUCAAGAAAAUAAGCAGCUCUAUAAUUGAUGAUGGACUAAUUCACAAGGAAGAAUUUCAGCUGGCAAUUUUCAAGAACCAAAACAGGAGAAAUCUUUUCGCAGACAGGAUUUUUGAUCUAUUUGAUUUCAAGCGCAAUGGAGUGAUUGAAUUUGGAGAAUUUGUCAGAUCAUUGAGUGUGUUCCAUCCAAAUGCACCAGUAGCCGAUAAAAUUGCAUUUGCAUUCCAAUUAUAUGAUCUAAGGCAGACUGGGUAUAUUGAGAGAGAAGAGCUGAAAGAGAUGGUUUUGGCGCUGCUGAAUGAAUCGGACUUGAUUCUUUCAGAUGAUAUAGUUGAAAUGAUUGUUGAUAAGACAUUUGAUGAAGCAGAUAAAAAGAAUGAUGGAAAGAUAGAUCAAGAAGAGUGGAAGGAGUUUGUUUCAAUGAAUCCCUCUCUUCUAAAGAAUAUGACCCUUCCAUAUCUCAAGGAUAUAACUUUAGCAUUUCCUAGCUUUGUGAUGAGCUCUGAGGUGGAAGAUUCGGAAGUCUAGACUCAUGCUUUUAGCAUAUAACACGCGUAGUUGAAGGUCUGUCGUAUCAGGUAAUCUCUUCCAAACUGGCGAUGCAACAGAAAUGCAAAGAGGUCAAGAAUCAGAAAGACAUCAAAUUUUGCAUUGAAUUAUUUGGAAGUUAAGCAACACAAGAUUGAACUAUCAGUUUUCUGCCAUGUUCAAAUGCUAGUCUGCUUAAGUUUGAAGUUUUGUUCAAAUGUCAUAAAUAAACACAAAUUUCAAAUUACAUGGCCAAAUGGGCCCUAUAGUUCUUCAAAAUCUCGUCGCCGCGCUAGGCUAAAACUUUUGACACGGCUUGUUCCGUUUUCCCUCCUCACUUCUCAAGUACUUACAUGUAUGUAUAAUCUUUGAGAAACAGCAUUCUUUGUGAUGAAAA